AUGAAUCAACUAAACGAUCAAUCUGUAUUAAUACCCGUGUCUUAUGUCCGAGAUUACGAGUACAGCAUUCAGGUGAAUCGUUGGUUAUUAAAACCGAUCGGUGCUUGGCCGAAUGUCACGAAGACCACAAGAACUCAAAAAUUACUCGUCAAAUUAUUAAACUUUAUCUGCCAUUCGCUGAUUAUUUUCACGGUGAUGCCAUGCGUGAUGUAUAUUUUCUACGAAGAUGAAAAUUUGAAGACCAGGAUGAAGGCAAUCGGGCCAACAAGUCAUUGGAUGAUGGGGGAAUUGAAUUAUUGUUGUCUAUUGAUGAAAGCAAAGGAGAUUGUCUAUUGCAUUGAACAUAUAGAACAUGAUUGGAAAACAGUUCGAAAGGCCAGAGAUCGAGAAUUGAUGCUAAAGAACGCCAAACUCGGUCGUUUCAUCGCGUGCAUCGCCGCACUUUGCAUGCAUAGCGGAAUUAUGUCUUACACCGUGAUCACAGGUUUCAAAAAGAUAACAUUUCAAAUUGGAAAUGACAGCUACUCGAUGUAUCGGUUACCUUGUCCAUUCUAUACGAACCUGUUAGAUGUUAGAUUUAGUCCCAUGAACGAGAUCGUAUUCGUUCUACAGCUCGUCUCCGGAUUCAUUUCAACCUCGGUCACAGUUGGAGCUUGCGGACUGGCUGCCGUAUUAGCAAUGCACGCGUGUGGCCAGUUCAACGUGGUAAUGUCCAAGUCGGAUAACUUGGUAAAGAAUAACAAUGAGAAGAAACAGGACGAGCACAUGCUUCAUAAGAAGCUUGGUUUUAUCGUUGAGCAUCAUCUACGAACAUUAAGUCUUGUAUGGUAUAUGGAAAAAGUUAUGAAUAUGAUUUGCUUGGUUGAAUUAGUGGGAUGUACAAUGAACAUGUGUAUACUUAAAUAUUAUUUUCUCACGGAAAAAUCAAAGACAAUAUUAGCUAUAUAUGCAAUCGUAUAUGCAUCUAUGGUUUUUAACAUAUUUAUAUUUUGUUAUAUAGCAGAGAUAGUUACAGAACAGGGCAAAAAAGUGGGAGAGAAAUUUUAUAUGACUGAAUGGUAUCAAUUACCUCAUAAAACUGCUCUCGGCUUAGUAUUAAUCAUCUCAAGAUCGAGUAUGGUAAUUAAAAUCACUGCUGGAAAAUUCAUACAAAUUUCUAUCGCGACUUUUGCUGCUGUAUUUAAAGCAUCUUUUGCAUACCUCAACAUGAUCCGUACAAUUGCGAUAUAUCAAUGCAUGAAUACCGCACAUUAUUGUCAACUUCAUUUCACGAUGAUGAACCAAGCCGCGAUCACAGACGAAACUAAAACCAACAGUGAUUACAGUCUUCAGUUGAAUCGAUGGUUUCUAAAACCAAUCGGUGCUUGGCCUUUGUUCUCCACCACCACAAAACUUGAAAAAAUCGUUUCGUUAAUUUUAAAUAUCGUAUGUUACGCGAUUGUGAUAUUAUGCGCGACUCCUAGUCUGAUGCAAAUAAUCUUAGCCGAGGAAAGCUUUUAUUUGAAAUUAAAAACACUCGGUCCUGUGAGCCAUUGGUUCGUUAGCACUGUUAAUUACACAGCUUUAUUAAUGAAAAGUAAAGACAUACGUUAUUGCUUCGAGCAUAUGGAGGCUGAUUGGCAAACAAUAAAAAGAAUGGAGGACCAACGGACGAUGCUGAAAAAUGCAAAAUUUGGCCGCUAUGUGGCCGCCUCGUGCGCCAUCUUCAUGCAAGGUGGUAUUUUAUGUUUUUGCUUCGUGACUAUAUUGACGACGGAGACUAUUCAAGUAGGCAACGAGACGAGAGUUCUUCAUGUGCUACCUUGUGCUGUGUACAAAGAACUGGUAAACGUUGAGGAAAGUUCCAUCAACAUUUUUAUGCUUUGUUUCCAAUUUGUGGCAGCCGCCAUCGCAAAUUCCAGCACAGUUGGAAUUUUCAGUCUCGCGGCUGUUCUUGCCGCUCAUGCAUAUGGUCAAUUAAGUGUGGUUAUGGUAUGGAUCACGGAAUUCGUGAAUCAAUCGAGAGAGCAAAAAAAAACAGAUGAUUUUAAGGAAAUAGGAAUGAUCGUAGAACGACAUUUGAGAGUGUUGAAUUUUAUAACAUAUCUUGAGAAUAUAAUGAAUCGGAUAUAUUUUUUGGAAUUGUUUAGGUGCACGAUGAUCAUAUGUAUAGUCGGUUAUUAUAUUCUUACGGAAUGGGCGGAAAAAAAUGUUCAAAAUCUAACCACCUAUUUCAUGAUGCUUCUCUCGAUUUGUUUUAACAUUUUUAUUAUAUGUUAUAUCGGUGAAAUAUUGACAGAACAGUGCAUGAAAAUUGGUGAAGUGGUUUACAUGACAGAUUGGUAUUAUUUACCCGAUAAAACAAUCCUUAAUUUGAUUUUGAUAAUACUACGAUCGACUGUCGUAGUCCAAAUCACUGCUGGAAAAUUAUUUAAUAUGUCCGUUUAUACUUUCGGUGAUGUGUUAAAAACUGCUUUUGCAUAUUUAAAUCUGCUACGACAAAUGACGUGA